AUGCUGAAGAGGCUAAGAAGAAGGAGGCCGACUCCAAGACGGCCAAGAAGGAGGAGAAGGCCAAGAAGGAGGCCGAGGGAGAAGGCCAAGCUAGAAGCCGAAGCCAAAGCAAAGGCUGAUGCUGAAGAGGCCAAGAAGAAGGAGGCCGACUCCAAGACGGCCAAGAAGGAGGAGAAGGCCAAGAAGGAGGCCGAGGAGAAGGCCAAGAAGGAGGCCGAGGAGAAGGCCAAGAAGGAGGCCGAGGAGAAGGCCAAGCAAGAAGCCGAAGCCAAAGCAAAGGCUGAUGCUGAAGAGGCCAAGAAGAAGGAGGCCGACUCCAAGACGGCCAAGAAGGAGGAGAAGGCCAAGAAGGAGGCCGAGGAGAAGGCCAAGCAAGAAGCCGAAGCCAAGGCCAAGCAAGAAGCCGAAGCCAAAGCAAAGGCUGAUGCUGAAGAGGCCAAGAAGAAGGAGGCCGACUCCAAGACGGCCAAGAAGGAGGAGAAGGCCAAGAAGGAGGCCGAGGAGAAGGCCAAGCAAGAAGCCGAAGCCAAGGCCAAGCAAGAAGCCGAAGCCAAAGCAAAGGCUGAUGCUGAAGAGGCCAAGAAGAAGGAGGCCGACUCCAAGACGGCCAAGAAGGAGGAGAAGGCCAAGAAGGAGGCCGAGGAGAAGGCCAAGCUAGAAGCCGAAGCCAAGGCCAAGCAAGAAGCCGAAGCCAAAGCAAAGGCUGAUGCUGAAGAGGCCAAGAAGAAGGAGGCCGACUCCAAGACGGCCAAGAAGGAGGAGAAGGCCAAGAAGGAGGCCGAGGAGAAGGCCAAGCUAGAAGCCGAAGCCCAAGCAAAGGCUGAUGCUGAAGAGGCCAAGAAGAAGGAGGCCGACUCCAAGACGGCCAAGAAGGAGGAGAAGGCCAAGAAGGAGGCCGAGGAGAAGGGCCAAGCUAGAAGCCGAAGCCAAAGCAAAGGC